AUGUGGAUAUACCAGACACCCACAGACUACAACUUCAGUUAUGGAGUAAGAGACUACCAUACAGGUGAUAUCAAGCACCAAUGGGAAAAGAAAAAUGGCGACAAAGUGAUCGGUCAGUAUUCUCUAGUCGAACCCGAUGGAUCAAUCAGAACAGUGGACUAUACUGCAGAUGACCAUAGUGGUUUCAAUGCGGUUGUUAAACAUGCGGGUUCUUUUAAACAUCUGGUAUCACAUCAUCCUCAAACAAAAGAUGAACCUACCAGCCACAACGAAGUUAUUUUGAAACAAAGUUUAGGGGAACAUCAAUCUUUGUAUGGAAUCGCUAACAAUAUUCCACAAUAUACGUUGCAGUAUAAACAGAGCUUGUCAGAAGAAGAAGAAGAAGAAGAAGAAGAAGCACUGACUCACGCAGCACAUUAUCAAACAGUAGAAGAAAAUACGAAUCAAAACUAUGUUUAUGUUAAUCAAGAAGAAGUAGCAGAUGAGUCACAACAUUCAGUGAUUAAAUCUGAGCACAAGUACAAGCCACGGAAACCGGAUACGAUAAGAUCUCAAUCGAUAAUCGAAAAGGAAUACGGGAAGAUCAAGUUAGCUCCACACCUACCUAUAGAUUUGAGUCUAAUAAAGGGACAUCCAGUAGAACCCGUCGAUAUUAGAGUUGUUAAUCCUGUAGAAAUCAAUUUGAACGAACAAGAACACAAUAUUAGACCUUCAACGAAAGAUACAUCACUGCAACCUUCACACGAAUUAUCUGAAGACGAAAUUCGAAACUAUCUCGAAACUUUCUAUAGACAUAGUAACAUGCUAUUUAGCGAACCUCACGUAGAAGGCGGCUUCAAACCAAUAAGAAAUAAAUCGAAACAAUCCAUAACUCAACUCAAUAUACCAGGAACGUACACAUCUGAUAAGAAAACAAAGAAAACUCCUGGUUUGAGCAGUUAUUCCUCUAAAGGUGCUCAUAGAAAUACCAGACGAAGUCCGAAGGUUCACCCAAAAACAAUGUCUCGAAUGCCGCAGUUCCAUUACUAUGUUCCUGCUGAUGAAACGGUUACUAAUGAUGAAAGAGACAAUACUCACGUUACAAGGUUAUAUAAGUCGUUACCAAAAAAUGGUUUCGUUCGAUAUGCCAGACAUUUGCAUCAUCCAAUCUAA